UUAGACUGUCAGCGCAUAUUAGAACAGCGUUAAAUCUAGAAAUGCCCCAUAGUAACUAAAUUCCUGAGAUGCAGCCCUUCAAUCUGAUAUACAGAUCAAUAUAUAAAAGGUCGAGUCGAUAUCACGCAUUGUGGCAGUGUUGGUGCAAUGAUCGAUUUUCUCAAAAACCAAGUUGCAUGAGACAGUGGUCCACGUGGGCCGCCGUACUUGGGACUUGUCCGCCAGACAGUGAACACCUUUUUGGAGAACUCGCCUUGAAAUCGUAAACAUCUCAAAUCUGCCGCAGGCUUCACAAGUUUCAACAACUGCACGCUCUUGGACCAAUUGGUGGUUCAGGCCGUGUGAAGAGAUGCAUGCCUUGCAUACAACCUGAACAACCUGUCCCUUGAGCUGCUCGAAAUGCACUUCGCGCUGCCACCACGCAAGACCUCACAGCCUCCUCCUUAUGCACGCGCCAAUGCCAGUGCAUCCGCUGCCCUCAGGCGACGAAAGCAGCUGCAACUUCUAGGCUACGUCGUGCUCGGACUCCUGACGUUCUAUUUGGCCCUAAGGUACAUAUUCUCCAACUGGGUCGAAGAUGCCGAAGACGGACCAGGUGCGAUCGAGGGUCACCAGGAUAUCGUCCUUGUCACGGUCUUCAAUAAUAACACUAUGAGCGAGAACUACAUGCGGAUGGUGACGGCGAACAGGGAAGACUACGCUGCUCGUCAUGGGUACAAGAACUUCUACACCAACAUAUCUGCCUACAGCGACCUUGUUGACCCUGCCCCUUCAUCGUGGACAGUUGUACCGGCACUUCGACAUGCCUUGACAGAACACCGGUCGAGUACCUGGUUCUGGCUGCUGUCCGCCGACGCCUUCAUUACAAGUCCUUCGUUGUCGCUCGAAUCCCAUAUCCUCCAGCCCCUGGAAUCUUUAAUGCAGAAAGACAUACCCGUUGUACCACCGGAUUCAGUCAUACACACCUUUUCCCACCUGAAACCCUCCCGGACACACCUCGUCCUCUCUCAAGACAUGGACAACCUUGCUCACACAUCUUUCCUCCUCCGCAAUACCCCUUUCACGCCGGCAACUCCGGACAACUGGUCGCAGUAUUUCCUAGACGCCUGGUUCGAUCCCUUGUACCGAGCAUACUUAUUCCAGAAAGCAGAAAACCAUGCCUUGGAGCACAUCGUUCAGUGGCAUCCUACUAUCCUAGCAAAGCUCGUGCUAAUUGAACAACGGCGCUUCAAUUCGUACAACUAUGCAACCCCACCGAUCCGUGAUGGCGACGACAACCUUCGGACACAUGAUAGUAUGUGGCAAGACGGAGAUUUCGUUGUCAACUUGAAAGGCUGCAGAGAAAGUGACAAGCGGAACUGUGAAGAAGAGAUGAGACACUAUUUUGCAGUGUGGGAGAAACAGGUCGAAAAACUAGAUGGAAAGAGGUCAGAGCAUAAUAUUGUACCUGCAAAGCCCAUGCAGCCUCAGGAGACAAAGGAGAAACCUCCUGUCGCUGCUUGAGCAUAUCCACUGAAUGAGCAAAGGAAUGAAUGAUGGUGAUACAGAACAGUUCCAAGGGUCGCAGAGAAGACAUUUCGUACAACGCAGCAUCUUUCGAGCCAGUGCCACUAAUGACUGCUGGGAGUACUUUCAGUGCUCAGCAUAGUGAUGCGGAACUCGGUUUCUUUUGCUGGCUACCAAAGUCAGGGUGCUGUCCUCUGUCACAAUAUCUUUUCGUUGGUCUUGAAGUAUCCUCGAUGCAACGUUGAAUGUCCAAACGCGAGGUCAGCGUCCCUCGCUAUGAUUCCAUUGCUCGAAGUGACACCCAGAAGCUUGCUUUCAAGGAAACUGCUCCGCAUAUCGCUGCUCCGUCAAAGUCUUUGGUUCGACAUACAAACCCAGGGUAGGCUUCAAGCAAGGUCGCCC